AUGAAUCUUUUUCUGAGAAGGCUGGCUCCAUUGAUUGCCAUCUUGAUAACAUUAAUUAGCCAAGUUUUAACUGAGGAAAAGAUUGAAAUCCCUGAAAAUGUUACAGAGCUAAAUAAUGAAAACUUUAAAGAAUUCAUCAAUGAAAAUAAUCUUGUAUUGGUGUUAUUUUAUGAUUCUUCUAACACUUCAAAACGUAUUAUCCAAGGCCUGGGAGAUGUUGCCUCAAAUAUAAUAAAAGCAAAUGGAACUGGAAAGAUUGCUUUGGCGAAUUUUCUAGAAUCUUCAAUAGCUCAAGAAAUCUAUAUUCGCAGUCCUCCAAAACUAGUCUUCUUUUAUGGUAGUACAGAUAAAUAUGAGCACUAUCCAAGUCAUCUAUCAGGGUUGGAGAAAGAUUCCAUGAUUUCAAUUGUUCUUUCAAAAGAGAAUGUUCUGUUCAUUGAACAUGAUUCCAGAAAUAGUGAAUCACUGGAGAAGGCCAUGAAAGAAUUUAACUUAGAAGAUAAGAUUUAUGCUUCUAAUCUUCCUGUCCUUGUUUACUAUGGCAAACCAAAUACAAAGAGAACAGAAGUUGUGAAAAAUACACUCAAAGUAUUAAGAGAAAAUGGUGUUCCCAUUAAAGCCUUUAUUGUUUAUGUUAAAUACAAAGCUGACAUUGGAUUACAUAUUUACAGGUUACCUGAGAUGGAAAAGCAAAAUUCUAUGGAAAUUAAUCCAAAAGAGCUUUACGUGGCAAAAAAGAGGAUUCUUGGAUUAUUAGAGUGGAAUGAAAAGAUUUUAUCCGUUUUUGUUGAGUCUUGUAUAAGACCAUAUGUCUCGUUUAAAGGUAAUGAACUUAUGUAUAUACAUGAGAGUUCUAAUUCUUUAAUAACUUUCCUUAAAGGAAGCGACACUCUAGACCAAUAUGGAUCAAGCAAUAUCAAAUAUUUGGAUCAUGAAUCAAUGGAGUCUUUGAGAGCUUUAGCAAAGGCAAACUUUUUCCCAGAAGAUCCAGAUAAAGAUUUAAUGGUUGGUCUUGUAUUGCCCGGUCUAGAGCAAGAGGUGGAAAAUUUUACAGGUUUUUAUAGAAAUGUUCAUGUAGAAAAUGGAACCUUCCUCCUAAAGCUUAGAAAAUCCAAAUUUCAACUAGAAAAUUCUGGAAAUUCCAACAAGUAUCUUUUAACCGAAAAGGAAAUUAAGAAACAUGGAUUUGAAUAUUUAAUUUCCCUGGCUAAAAAUGGAAAUAUACCUAUUUUCUACAAAAGUAAAAGAAUUAUGAAACAUAAUAAAGUUUCCGCCAGUGUUGACCAAUAUUUCACAACUCCAUUCAAUUACCUGGAACUAAACCCUUCAUCUUUUAUCGAACUAAUUCAAGAUCGCAAUAACGCUCUUAUUGUCUUUUUCUAUACUGAAAUGUGUUCUAAGUGCAACGAACUUUUACCGUUCUGGAACUCAUUCUCUUCAAAAAUAGCUUCAAAUCAAACCAAGGAAUCUAAAUUCCGCGUAUUCGUCUCCGCCUUUGAUUUAGAGCUUAAUGAUAAUCCAAUAGACAUGAAAAUUGAAGAAAUUCCUGCUAUUUACUACUUCCCAUUUGGAGAAAAUAAAGUCUCUAAAAUGAGCUUGUAUACCGACGAUUUAACCCUUGAAGCAGUUACCACAUUUAUAAAUGAUAGAGUUGAACAAGUAUCUGAAGCUAGUUCUCAAGAUCAUAAUUACGAAGCUCAACAAAGCAUUAGUGCGCACUCUAAUGUAAAGGAUGAGCUAUAA